AUGCUUGGAGGAGCAGCUUUUCUGGGGACAUCUGGGGGACAGGAGACUGUCUGCUUCGCCUCCCCUUGAGAGGCCAGCGCUGCAGCAGGAGAGGCGGGCGCACCAGGCCUGAGUGGAUUGAUCCAGGCUCCCACAAGGAAAGACCGAGGGCGGCCCCUCCACCCACACCCCGACUCUGACAAGCAGCAGGUCCCGUGCUCUGCCGUGGCCCCACUGCAGGGUGGCCGAACCCACCACUGCCUCUUCAGGCCCCCUGGGCCGUGAGCGGUGCUGGCUGUGAGGUGGGCUCCUGCCGGCGGCAGGUGUCGGAGAUGGCCGACGAUGGGAGCGAGGAGAUCAUGUUCGUCUGGUGUGAGGACUGCGGCCAGUACCAUGACUCCGAGUGUCCUGAGCUGGGCCCUGUGGUCACUGUCAAAGACUCCUUUGUGUUAAGCAGGGCAAGGUCAUCCCUUCCUUCCAACUUGGAGAUCAGACGACUAGAUGACGGAGCCGAGGGAGUGUUUGCUGUAACUCAGCUCGUGAAGCGCACGCAGUUUGGUCCGUUUGAGUCAAGGAGGGUUGCCAAAUGGGAGAAGGAGUCUGCGUUUCCCCUGAAGGUGUUCCAGAAGGACAGGCACCCCGUGUGCUUCGACACCUCCAACGAGGAUGACUGCAACUGGAUGAUGCUGGUGCGGCCGGCGGCAGAGCCCGAGCACCAGAACCUGACGGCCUUCCAGCACGGCAGCGACGUGUACUUCACCACGUCGCGCGACAUCCCCGCCGGCACUGAGCUGCGGGUGUGGUAUGCGGCCUUCUACGCCAAGAAGAUGGACAAGCCCAUGCUGAAGCAGUCCUGCCCCAGUGCCCACGCUGCAGGCAUUCCGGAGAACAGCGCCCCUGUGGACUCAGAGCCCAGCCAGUGGGCGUGUAAAGUGUGCUCCACCACCUUCCUUGAGCUGCAGCUCCUGAAUGAGCAUCUAUUGGGUCACUUGGAGCAAGCCAAAGGCCUUCCUCCAGCUGGCCAGCACGAGGUGACUCCCGAGAAGGAGCUGGAGGCACCCCAGGGGAAGCCUCCUUCAGUUCCCAACAGUGUCAGUGCCACCAAAGAGCAGAAGAAAAAGCCUCGAAGGGGGAGAAAACCCAAAGCGUUGAGACCAGAGCAGCCUCUAGACAUCGUUGAAGACAAAGAGCCAGCAGAGCAAGUGGCAGAGAUCAUCACCGAGGUCCCACCAGAUGAGCCCGUGGCUGUGACGCCAGAUGAGCGGAUCGUGGAGCUGGUGUUGGGGAAGCUGGCCGCCACCACCAGUGACUCGGGCUCAGUGCCAAAGUUCCCCCACCAUCAGAGUAGCACCAUCACGCUCAAGAGGAGUUUAAUUCUCUCCAGCCGACACGGUGUCCGGCGGAAGCUGGUCCGGCAGCUCGGGGAGCACAGGCGGGUGUACCAGUGCAGCACCUGCAGCAAGGUCUUCCAGAACAGCAGCAACCUGAGCAGGCACGUGCGCUCGCACGGUGACAAGCUGUUUAAAUGUGAGGAAUGUGCCAAGUUGUUCAGCCGCAAGGAGAGUCUGAAGCAGCAUGUUUCUUACAAGCACAGCAGGAAUGAGGUUGACGGGGAGUACAGGUACCGCUGCGCCACCUGUGAGAAGACUUUUCGCAUCGAGAGCGCGCUGGAGUUUCACAACUGCAGGACAGAUGACAAGACGUUCCAGUGUGAGAUGUGUUUCAGAUUCUUCUCCACCAACAGUAACCUGUCCAAACACAAGAAGAAGCAUGGGGACAAGAAGUUUGCUUGUGAAGUCUGCAACAAGAUGUUCUACCGCAAGGACGUCAUGCUGGACCACCAGCGGAGGCACCUGGAAGGAGUGAGGCGCGUGAAGAGAGAAGGCCUGGACGCCGGCAGCGAGCACCUGGUCCGCUACAAGAAGGAGCCCUCAGGAUGCCCCGUGUGUGGCAAGGUGUUCUCCUGCAGGAGCAACAUGAACAAGCACCUCCUGACACAUGGGGACAAGAAAUACACUUGCGAGAUCUGCGGGCGCAAGUUCUUCCGUGUGGAUGUGCUCAGGGACCACAUCCACGUCCACUUCAAGGACAUUGCGCUGAUGGAUGACCACCAAAGGGAAGAGUUUAUUGGCAAGAUCGGGAUUUCCUCAGAAGAAAACGAUGAUAAUUCUGAUGAGAGUGCAGACUCCGAGCCUCACAAGUACAGCUGCAAAAGGUGUCAGCUCACCUUCGGUCGGGGGAAGGGGUACCUGAAGCACAUCAUGGACGCGCACAAGGAGAAGGGUUACGGCUGCAGCAUCUGCAAUCGGCGCUUUGCCCUGAAGGCCACCUACCAUGCCCACAUGGUCAUCCACCGCGAGAACCUGCCUGACCCCAACGUGCAGAAGUACAUUCACCCCUGCGAGAUCUGCGGGCGUAUCUUCAACAGCAUCGGGAACUUGGAGCGGCACAAGCUCAUCCACACAGGUGUGAAGAGCCAUGCCUGUGAGCAGUGUGGGAAGUCCUUCGCCAGGAAGGACAUGCUGAAGGAGCACAUGCGCGUGCAUGACAACAUCCGGGAGUACCUGUGUGCUGAGUGUGGGAAAGCAGGCAUGAAGACGAAGCAUGCGCUGCGCCACCACAUGAAGCUGCACAAGGGCAUCAAGGAGUUUGAGUGCAGGGAGUGCCACCGCAGGUUCGCGCAGAAGGUCAACAUGCUCAAGCACUAUAAGCGGCACACGGGGAUUAAAGACUUCAUGUGUGAAUUGUGUGGAAAGACUUUUAGUGAGAGAAACACGAUGGAGACGCACAAGCUCAUCCACACAGUGGGCAAGCAGUGGACGUGCUCCGUGUGCGACAAGAAAUAUGUCACCGAGUACAUGCUGCAGAAGCAUGUGCAGCUUACCCACGACAAGGUAGAGGCGCAGAGCUGCCAGCUGUGUGGGACCAAGGUGUCCACCAGGGCCUCCAUGAGCAGACACAUGCGGCGCAAGCACCCGGAGGUCCUGGCUGUGAGGAUCGAUGACCUGGACCACCUCCCAGAGACCACCACCAUCGAUGCCUCCUCCAUCGGCAUCGUCCAGCCUGAACUGAGCCUGGAGCAGGAGGAGUUGGCUGAGGGGAAGCACGUGAAAGCCCCCCGGAGAGUUCACAAGCGGGAGCAGAAGCCGGAGGAGGAGGCAGGGGCGCCGGGGGCCGAGGAUGCCACCUUCAGCGAGUACCCAGAGAAGGAGCCUGCGUUCCCGGGCGGCGUGGGGGACGAGACCGACUCUGCUGUGCAGAGCAUCCAGCAGGUGGUGGUGACUCUGGGUGACCCAAAUGUGACCACUCCAUCAAGCUCGGUUGGCUUGACCAACAUCACCGUGACCCCCAUCACUACUGCAGCUGGGACCCAGUUUGCCAAUCUCCAUCCGGUGGCCGUUGGGCACCUAACCACCCCAGAACGCCAGCUGCAGCUGGACAACUCGAUCCUGACCGUGACCUUUGACACCGUCAGUGGCUCUGCCAUGUUGCACAAUCGCCAGAACGACAUCCAGCUCCACCCCCAGCCAGAAGCCUCGAACCCUCAGUCCGUGGCCCACUUCAUCAAUCUGACCACGCUGGUCAACUCCAUCACCCCCCUGGGGAACCAGCUGGGUGACCAGCACCCGCUCACAUGGAGGGCGGUACCCCAGACUGACGUACUGCCACCCCCACAGCCGCAGGCCCCCCAGCUGCAGGCCCCACAGCCCCAGGUGCCAACCGAGCAGCAGCCGCAGCAGAUGUACAGCUAUUGAGGCUCCCUGAGGAGCACUGGAGAGAGAACCACAGACAGGUUUUCUGUUUAUUUUUGAGGUCUGUUUGCUGGAUACCAAACAAAGGAAAAACCUUGCAUCACAAUGUAAGUAAGGGUGACUGAGCUUUUGCAGAAUUCCCUCCCAGACACCUGGCAGCCAUUAGUCUGUCAGCUUAACUCCACAGGCUAGCUGCUCAUGGGGGUGGGGCCCGUGCCAUGUCUUAGUGAAGCAGGCGUCCUGGGCCAUGGCACACCUCUGCCUCCCCUACCAAACCCUGGUUAGGCAGACCCAGGAUUUGGAAAGUGAAACAUAAAGAGAAGCAGGAUCAUAAGAGGCAAGAGAUACAUGAUUAGGAACAUAAGCGUCUGCUUUAUUUUUUCCUUUAGAGUUCAGUUACUGUGUUAAAACAGUGUUCAUGGGUGGCCAUUGCUCAGUGAAGCAGUUUCUCCUUGCUUCUGGAUGUAUUUGGGGAAUGAGCAGGUAGAAGUUAAAGGAACGUUUAUAUUCUUCUUUGGAAUCUGAGUUAAGUCAAAUUCGUUUUACAACUUUGGGCUGAAACCACGUGUGAGGUGUGCUGGGAAUGUGUGCUCCUCUGCCUCCAAGGUCAGCAGGGCCAAGGGACGGUGCGGAGUUGCUGACUGAGGCACAAAAGGCCUCUUAGUAAUGUGUGAGUUGAUUUUCAUUGUCGUUUUAAAAGCUUUUUACUUAAUUUUGUGCAUAUGUUAUGUGUUCAGGAGUCUGUUGUAGCCAUGUUGUUUUUUAUUUUGUUUUAACAUGCUAAAGUCGUUUGCACUGUAGGACCAUUGGUCCAGGUCCAAUUCUACACAACUGCCCAAAUGCAAAGGGGCACAGUGGUGUGCAACGAGUAAGCCUCGUGUCCCUUCUGGUGGCCCCUUCGAAGUUGUCUCAGGACCCUCUGCAAUCCAAAUGUAUUUAUUAUGGCUGAGGCUAGCCAAAUCCCCUCUACUGAAGAACAGGGAAGAAAUUCAUGUUUUUUUAAUGUUUAAAUUUAGUUCCAAAGGUUGAUGUGUUUCAAGACCAAUUUUCUAUAAAAAUAUUUAAUGAACUUUGGCUCUUUACAGUGGAAAACUGUAGGUUUUUCUGAAAUUUAAAGAUAUUGUUUCCUGCUAGGCAGUAAUGAAAGUGGAAGUUAGUUCACCAGUAGAAGCAUUAAUGCCUCUAAUAAGUGAACAUGCCGGUUAGCAGUCUCUGCUUCCCUGGGGCAUGUGUAUUCGUACACAUGUACCAUUUCGGAGGCAGUAUGUGGAAGGGCAGGGCUCUCGGCUGCCCUCCUGCUGCUCAGGCAGGAAACGGAAAGGGGUGUAGGGAAAGGAGGUUAAUGUUUUAGUCUCCUGACAUCGUUUAACACUGUCCAGAAUGAAAUGAUAAAUUUGCCUGCUUUUUCCUUGAUUACUGUUUAUCUUGGAUCCUCUGUUUCUUGGGAGACCUUCUGGAAGAAAUACUGAUGGGUAGUGGGUAAAUGAGACUAGAGUAAUCUUACAUUGCCAGUGAGGAUAAGGGUGAUUUGUUAUGCAAAAUGAACUUUCUCAGCACUUCACUUUAUUCCAAACAGCAGAAUUUUGAGGAUAGGGCUGGAAUUUGUUUUGUGCAAUAUAUGCCUUUAUGAACUAAGGGAGUUCUUCACCCAUGUAGCACGUGAAAGGGGUCUUCCACAUUCAUACCGUCCACACUCACAGCUCAUUUAUACACUCCCAUCUCUCACUUCUAAGUUGAAUUAAUAGUGGGAGAUUAUUUGACUUUUUAAUUUAUGAUAAUUAUUUUUAUGUUAUUUAUGUAUAUAAUUAACUACUUUAUACAUAAUAGUUUCAUCAGAUGAACUUGGGCUAGGGUUGGUAUAUUUUCUAAAAUAUUGUCUCCGUUCUCCAAAUAAAAGUACUCCAGGUAGCCACAGAACCAUCAAGAAAGCUAAGGUUCAUAAGAUUUCUUUUUUAAAGUCAUUGAUAAUUUCUGUUUGCAUUUGCUGAGUACAAAGUGCGAAUGACCAAGCAAAAUAGCCAGACAUUAAAUAUCUGCUCACAUUUAUCUUUUAUUCCUCUUCCUAUGAAAUAAAGGCCUUUUAAAUCACAGUUUUAUUUUUUUAAAGUUGUGUUUGUGCCUUGAGUAAGAAUGCAUCAAAUGUUUUUAUAGAACCUAAUUUCGGUUGGGUGACCCUGGUAUACUACCACUGUUAUUAAAAUGCACAGACGCAUAAUAAUACUUCUUGUUAUAAUAAGUGAGAACUCUAAAUAAAAAGUAAAUAUACUCCUGAGUUUUCUGUAGACAUAUUUGGUCUUAAAAGGGUUCCUAUCUGUGGCAAAGUUGGUUCAUGUGUCUUAACACAGUUGCUAUGAAUUUGCAUAUAAGAAACUGGGGAGCAAAAAAAAGUGCCACUCAGCCAAAGUCCUUGACUGCAGGUGGUUCUGCAUAUAUAUCACUAUUUACUGAUGGGAAGUGUUUAAUUUUUUAGCUGAUCCCAGGUGCACAGCUGUGUCCAGGCGGAACUUAGAUCAAGCUGUUGUGGCCACCAAGCUCUGUGAAUCCUUCUUG